UGGCAAACGAGAGGUGGGAUUACACAGAGACCUAUUUAGCUGCAUAGUGACCGAAGUUUAUUCGAGGUCUGGGUAAAACGAGCGGAGAGUUUCCGUUAGUUUCCCCCUAGUGGCGUCGUUGUGAAGCCUGGGGUUACAAGGCAGCGUUUGGAUUUGAGCGCUGGUCGGGGAUCUGAGGGCCGUCAGUUGCUGCGGUUGGCUACUCGAGCUGCUAUACACCUUCCCCGCAUCAGCACCGCGCGCUCUCCCUCUGAAGCCGAGAGCGUAUCUGCCCGGCUUUGUGCUGCCACUCCUUAUCUACCCAAACCCUAAAAAUACGUUUGGUACGAAUUCACGCCAUCUUAGUUUACCUCAAAGGAAUCCAUUCGCAGGUUCGCUAAAAGGGAUACUUGCUUUGGUAAAAAUGGUAAAACUGGGGAGUAAUCUUCAAGACAAAGGCGCCAAAGCGGUUAGCAUAGAGGAUGGUUUCCAGAACGUGCCCCUCAUCACGCCUUUGGAUGUCUGUAAUCUCCAGUACCAAGCCCCAGACAAGGUGGUGGUGAAGACCAGGGCCGAGUAUCAGGCGGAGCAGAAGAAGGCCAAACUCAAGGUGCCAAAAGUGGAGGAGUUCACCAUCAGCAUCACCGAUGGAGUGUCUGAGAGACUCAAGGUGACUAUCCUCAUUGUGCUGGCUCUGGCGUUUCUGGCCUGUAUAGUGUUCCUGGUGGUGUAUAAGGCCUUCACUUAUGACCACACCUGCCCUGAAGGCUUCAUCUAUAAGCAUAAGCGCUGCAUCCCAGCUUCUCUGGAGGCGUACUACAACUCCCAGGAUGCCAACUCGCGGGGGCGUUUCUACACAGUCAUCAGCCAUUACAGCGUGGCCAAGCAGACCAGCUCCCGCUCCGUCUCCCCUUGGAUGCCCGCGGGCGGUGCCCCUCACGAUGCCAAGCCGCCCAACACAGACAGCCAGUGAGCCCAGUUGUCUAGAAACCGCCCCACAUUCAGUCAUUUCUUCAUUCCUUUAAUCAAACUACUAAGUCUGGAGCCCACUCUGUCUGCUUCUCUCUCUCUCUCUGUCCCUUCUCCAUCAUUGCAAGUGUGUGGGAUCCGUCUGAGGGUCAGCAGAUGAGGCUGUAAUGUGUCAAGUCCCACCACAGCCAUCCAACCGUACCAGCUAGUUCUGCUGAAUGUGUUGUGCCUCACUUGCUUUCCCCUCUUCUGUUCUCUGUUUUUGUCUCCCUCUGUCUCUCUCUCUCUCUCUCCACCAUUUCUCUCUGUGUUGAUCAUCUCCUUGAGUUUAAUUCUAAUUGCUGUCUAUUUAUUUUUAAUUUAUUAUUAUUCCUGUUUUCUACUUGAUGAAAGAAGACUAUUUGUACAAAGGCAUGAUCUUAAAAAAACAUUCUUUCUGUUUAUUUGUUUUUGUUUUUCUGCGUCGUUGUCAGAGAGCAAGCAAAGCUCAUUGUUACCUUGUAGUUUAAUGACUGCUCAUUUCCCAAAAAAUGUGAAAAGAUCCAUGCUUCGACCAGGUUCAAGAGGAGGGCGUUUUUAAUCUCAUCCUUAAUAUUGUCCACAUUGCAGCUGUACACAUUGAUGUUCUGUAAAAGAAUUUUCCAUGAAGAAAAUAUAUGUUUGUAUGAACUGCAUAUGGAUGAUGACAGUUAUGCUAAUAUUGAUGUUCUGAAUUACCAAAUCUAUACUUCGUAUUUUAUCAUGACUGACUGGAGAAUGAUCACAGUUUUUAUGCUCAUCGUAGUCCCUAAUUUGAACCAGGAUGCGCAUACUCCACCACCCAUUAAGGCAAUAGUACCAGUUUCAUUGUGCGUAGUGCUGUUAAAUAUAUUGUUUUCUUAAUUACUGGAAUAGAAAAAAACAAACAAACAAACAAACAAAAAAAACACAAAAAUCUGAAGAGCAUUUAAGAUAUGGCAGACACAUUGGCGGUAAGACUCAGCCACAGGAGGAAGCCACAGGAGGAAGAGUAAGUGCAGAUGAAUGACAUCUUCAAGAAUGGUUUGGACACGGAUAAGAUUGGCAGAAAAACACCUGUCUGUCUAGGCCUGAGCUCCCUGAGAAUUUUUUAGACAUCAGUUCUCUUUCAUUCAAUUUUUUUUAUCUUGUCAGAAGAGGAAAAAAAAGGGUUUUUUGAACUAUCGUGCUAUCAUUAGUUGAUGUACCAAUGUGUGGAGUGUUUUGAGCGUGUAUCCUUUAGGUUUGGACAAAAAAACAAUAAAACAUGAUGUGUUAAAUAAA